AGCUCCACCAUCUAGGCAACCGUUGAUACACGAUGUUUGCGAUUGUAUUCGCAGUUGCAUUGCAUUUGAUUCAGUGUUCUUGUAUUUGUGUCAUGACCUUGUGCCGUGUCAUCUGUUGUCUUGGUUAUCUUAAUGUCAUCGAAAAAGUAAUGUAUGCCGACUCGAUUUUAUUAGGGCCGAGCCAGAUAGAUUAUAAUGAUGGGUCUAGAUGAAGGUGCAGCACCCUUUUGGCUUAAGAGAUUUCAUGAUGCUCCCUAGGACUUGUCGACCUCACGUUGACGCCCCAGAAGCUUGAGUAAUUUGAGCAAAAGUAUGAGACCAGCCAUGUCAAUAUGACAUGGGUGGUGCAUGUGCUGUAGAGCUGGGAAGUCUCUUUGCUUCUCUUACCUAAUUGAUAAGGCUUUUGACUAUGAUUUCCCAACGCUGUUCCCAUGUACAGGUUCAGGCGCUUCUGUCUGAAUUAGCUAUGGUGGAGGAAGAGAUCGUUUGGCUAGAGGGGAAAAUCAAAGAUAUGAAAUUGAGGCUGUACCAAGAAAAGAAAUACACCCACGAAUGGCAGAUGCUGCAGCAGCCCCGGCGACGGCGGCAACCGGAUCGUUGUAUCGAAUACCAAGCGGAGCUGAGAGAACACGAACAGCCUUCGAAAAUGCACUAUUUAGAAGAAUCGAGGAAGCAGAAAAGAAUCGGUCAAAGAAGAGCUUCGGUUGGUUCUGCUUCAGACAUGCUAAGCAUCAGUUCCACGAGGUCCAGUGAAGAAACUAUCGACAAAUCAAUCAACCAUGUCUGGAGCAGUAGAUACCACGAUGGUAUGGGCCGAGAAAAUGGAUACGUUACAGAGAAGCCUAAUGAGCUCUCUGAAAAGCUGAUCAAGUGCCUCAUAAGCAUAUUCCUUGAAUCGAACCGCAUGUCGCAGGAUAGAGAAGGACCUAAUCAUGUUCCGAAGCUCGCCCUAGCUUGCAAGAAUUCCCAGUCCUCUGCAAAGAGCUCGUUUGGCUGCAAAAUCUCUUCGACUUUUAUCGAUGGUUACAUCUCCAGUCUCGACCCUUACGGCGUGUUGCUAGAUGUGAAUGGUACUUUCAGAGAUAUUGGUCGGUACAAAAGCUUUAUCCCAAUCACCAGAAGCUCAUUAGACAUUGUGCAUCUUCAGGAGUGUUUGCCUGCAAUUGGGAAAUUAAGGGUCUUGGUGCACAAAUUGAGCAGUGUAGACCUGAGCUUCUUGACAUAUAAGCAGAAGUUAGCCUUCUGGAUCAACAUCUACAAUGCCUGUAUAAUGCAUGCUUUUCUGGAACACGGUCUGCCCUCCUCUCAGGAGAAGCUUCUGGCGCUAAUGAACAAGGCUGCAUUGAACGUGGGCGGCAUAGUACUAAACGCUCUGGCAAUCGAACAUUUCAUUCUCAGACAUCCAUGUGAAAGCAAACAUGUAAGUGCAAAGAGGACAGGAUAUUUUAGUCAGGCUCUUGAAACAUAUUCAUCAACGGUUCUCUUGCUCGUUCAUGUUAGUUCAUCUUCUGGACAGAUUGAUGGUUAUUAUACUCUAGUUGACUUGGCACCAGUUUUUUGUAUAAUCAUCUCCGAAGAUUCGUCUAACACCACGAACUUGUCUGUGCAAAAGGGUUCAAUGGACGAGAAAGAAAUGCUGCUUCGUCAUGCCUACGGCCUCGGCUAUCCCGAGCCAAAUGUAACCUUUGCCCUUUGCCGGGGCAGCUGGUCUUCCCCUGCAUUGAGGGUCUAUACACCAGAAGACGUGGUGAACGAGUUAGGGAGAGCAAAGGUCGAGUAUUUGGAAGCGUCGGUCGGGGUCACGAGCAAGAGAAAGAUCGCCGUGCCAAAGCUUUUGCAGUGGCACAUGAGCGAUUUCGCAGAUGACAUGGAGUCGCUCCUCGAGUGGAUCUACAGCCAGCUGCCGCGUUCCGGGACUCUCAAGAGAUCGAUGAUGGAGUGCUUGAACUACGACGCCAAGUCCCGGGCCUCCAAGAUGGUCGAAAUCCAGCCUUACCAAUCCGAGUUCCGGUACUUGCUGGCCCUGUAACCGAAACAAGCAGAGACAUGUCCCAAUCAAUGGGAAGAAUGCACCAGAAAUCCGACAGAUUCCGCUCGUCAGGAGGCGAAAACAAUGGCCAGGCAGCGUUAAGCCAUGGUCUAGGCCACGCUACGACGCAGCGUGAUUUGUGCUCGUUUUUCGGUCCGAUUCGAGAUUCAAGAGUGCGAAAAACAGAUUAUCUCGGCUGAUCGAGCAAUUAUUUGGAUUUUGGGCAAUCAGCAUUCUUUCUGUGUAAAUGGAUCAGAUCCCACCUUUUGACUCUAUAACAUGAAUUCAGUGAUUUCGCAUCUUCUUGUUGAAGAAUGUGGUUGCUAUGUACUUAUGUAAA